UGUGAACUUUCAUAUUUUAUCACAGAGUAAAAAACCACGAGAAAAGGAAGAAGAAGACGUUUGCUAGUAGCUAUUUUUUUCCCUUUCCCUCCUAACUUACGACUUAACCGCUCAUUUCUCUCGACAUUGUUCGUUUUAUUUUUCAUCCCCAUACAUUGAACGAAUUAAUUUGAGUGUUGAAAACAGAACAAGUUUUUUACCUCUUCAAACAAAAAAUUAUAUACUUGUUUAUCCAUUUCGAAUUGAACUUACUUUUUUAAAUCAUCAAAAUGUUCUGGGGCUUGAUUAUGGAACCGCAAAGGCGGUACACUCAAAGAGUGAAAAAAGCAUUCCACAUCUCGAUGGCUUCUUUGGACUUGUCUACAUCUUCUGAUGAACCUGCCCAAGUCAUGUGUGGAUUCGAAGGAAGAAAUUAUUUGCUGUGUACUCUGAGGAAACCGGAUCUUUUGCAAUGUCCUUUGGACCUCAACUUCGAGGUUGGAGAUGAGCUGUCACUUGCGGCCAAUGGAAAAUGUCACGUACAUUUGACUGGAUAUUUAACAGAAGAUUUCGAUGAUUUACCAGAAGAAGAGGAAGAUGAAUCUACAGAGGAGGAGGAAGUCAUUGAAAAGACGAAGAAGGACAAAAAAAGGAAUAAAGCAGGACUAGCUAAUGGACCUCCAGCAAAGAAAACCAAAGUUGCUGAUUCUGAUGAGGAAGACAUGAGUGAUACUGAUGUGAGAGCUCUUUUAGAAGACUCUUUGGCCGAGACCGAUGAAGAUGAUGCAACUUUCGCGUCAGGUGAUGAGGAAUCUGAAGAUGAUGGUGAUGAAGAUGAUGAUGAUGAUGACGACGAAUCGAGACUUCGUCAGGACGAAGUAAUCCGAGUUUUACAAUUGAAAUGGGAUAUAGGAGUAGCAGGGAUGAAAGUUGGAGGCAAAAGGAGGAUAACGUGCCCUGCUGCCAUGGCAUAUGGAGCUAAAGGAUCCCCUCCAGCUAUCCCAGGAAACUCCACUCUCAUUUUCGAGGUAGAACUCAAAAAAGUCCGUUAAACUUGUUUUCCUCUGUUGAGGGAGGCCCAUCUAUGACAUCUAAUCUCCAAUUGAUUUCUCAUUCUAAGUUCCAGAAAAAAUGGUAGAUAAUUUUAUUGAUGGGUGUCACAACCUUCCAAAGAACUGUGUGUUGGCCGUUUGCUACAGUAGAGCACAGCCAUCAAUGAGAAGAAGAAUUCAAUAUUCGUAAUGUUACAUGGCGGUUGUGACAUCUGUCGAAUUGUGAAACUAUUAGGAGACGCUCGAAACCUUGCAAAACACUGUUUACAUGAAAAGUUCUGGAAUGAAUCUUUUUUUUAUAUAUCGAUUGUAUUGUAGUUUGAAUAUUGUUAUAAGUGGACCACCUGGCAUUUUGUUAACGUUUGAUUAUUAUUUGUGUAAGUUGGAAGAUUUGAAUGUCGUCAUUUUUACAUCUUGUACUGUAGUUUCUUUACUCGGUUUUGCAGAAAACAAAAAUCUUUUUUAUUUUACUAUACUUAGGUCUAAGCUGCAUUCGUUAAAAUAAAAUAUUUUUCACUAUG